AUGGCGGCGUAUAUGUCCCCUAUCCCAGCAGCCUUGGCCGUCACCUCAAGUAAUCCGCGUCGGUCACAGUAUCGUUCAACAACACGAUCCGCAGUCAAUCGUGCCCAACCUCUGCCCCUUUCGAUGGCUUCAGAGACAAAUCCAAGACUCUCUCGAAAUAUGACUGGCGAUAGCUCAGACGAUGAAGACCUUGCACCCAUAAAAUUAAGUGCAGAGGCGCAGGCCAUAUUAGGGGAGGAUGAGCCGCAACUGGAUGCAGAAAAGGAGAAUCUGGAACCCGAACCUCGAGUUAUAAGGACGACGAGCACUUCAAGACGUAGGAGCAAGAUCUCGCCUCUUGAGAUGCUCAAAGCAUCUAGUCCGCCCCAGCAAAGAGACGGGAGCCCAGCACCACGAGUUGUCCGAGUAACGUCAAGUGUUAGGCCUGCGCCAGCCGCAACCCUGGGAAGAGACGGUUCCUUUAUGUACCGGAUUCAAGACAGAUCGACUGCACUUACAAAUCCAGAAACCAAUGAUUCUGAAACCCCUGGCCCGAGGAUACGACGAGUUCGUGUAAGUGGAGGGAAUCGCUUGUCAAGAUCGCCUCCCACAAGGCCAGAUACUGGAGACCCUCAAUCUGGUCCUGCCGGCACCGAACCUCAGAGCGCCAGCAGAUCGAAUAGUCCAAGCAAUGGGUAUAUACACAGCAGCCCGGACGAGGAGAACGCCAUGCCGCCCUCCACAGUAGCACGUCCCCGAAGGGGGGAAGAUAAUGGAGCGCAAAGCACGAUGCGGGUUCGAAGGAUUGGAGGCGCUUUGCUGAAUAGACCUGUCAGAAGAGGCAUGGUCCGCCGUGCAAGCGAGGAAGACGAAAUGCCUCUUGACAAUCAAGAUCAGGAACGAGCAGGCACUCCCGAAAUGGAAGUGGGAAGGCGAGUCAGAGAGCCUCUAUUGGCAGAUCUGCCGGAUGAUAUGCUGGCGCUGCAAGGCAGUCCAAAGCAGAUCAAGGUAACGGAUAUGUCACCGAGAACCGCAUCACCAGAGCCAAUGAAGCAACCAUCACCAAAGCUGUCAUCGGCAAGGCCAGAAUCCCGCCACCAGCUUCUACCUACACCACGAUCUCAAGAAGUCGCGCGGUCGUCAUCGAAGUCCUCCAGCUCUCGACGAGAUCCCAUUUUCAAAAUACCGCCACUGCCUUCUACAGCGUCUGGGCCUGGUCAGGAAAAUGAACCUCCACCAACAUUUCGUCGCACCAAGCCUUCCCCAGCGGUCCUCGAGAUCCAUGAAGACCGGCCAAAGUCUGAGAAGAAACAAUUAGACCAUGUCUCCCCUUCUCGCCAACCGCUUGCUGCAAAGUCACAUAACACACCACAUCGCCCGGCACCAGCACCUCCCCCAAAAAUGUCCAUCCUCGACGCCGCCACCUCCAAUGCUGGAUCUCGCAACAAGCGAUCCGUCCAUUAUGUACUCAACGGCAAGACAUACAGGCGGCUUGACUGUAUCGGGCGCGGAGGCUCCUCUCGUGUCUUUCGCAUCAUGGCUGAGAACUACAAGAUCUUCGCUCUCAAGAGGGUCAACCUGGAGGAUGCCGACAUGGCUGCUAUCGCAGGUUACAAAGGUGAAAUUGAUCUACUCAAGCGACUCGAAAAUGUCGACCGUGUGAUUCGCCUUUACGACUACGAAAUCAACGAAGAGAAGGGGGUGCUCAACGUCAUGAUGGAGUUAGGCGAGAGUGAUUUCAACAAAAUGCUCAACGAACAGCUGAAGUCGGAGAACGCACGACUUGACAUCACGUUCACGCGGCACUAUUGGAAAGAAAUGCUCGAGUGUGUAGCGGCAGUACACAAGUAUGACAUUGUUCAUUCUGAUCUGAAACCCGCGAAUUUCCUUCUUGUCAAAGGCCAGUUGAAACUGAUCGACUUUGGCAUUGCGAACGCAAUUGCGGACGACACGGUCAAUGUCCACCGUGAAAAUCAGAUUGGCACGCCCAACUACAUGAGUCCGGAGAGCCUGGUCGCACAGCACGCACCCGCAGGAUAUGGUGGUGUAGGCAAAAUCCUCAAGCUCGGCAAACCGAGUGACGUAUGGAGUUUGGGGUGCAUACUCUACCAGAUGACCUACGGCCAGCCCCCAUUUGCACACAUCACGAAGCAAUUCGAGCGAAUCAUGAGCAUCCCCAAUCCCAAGGUCGAGAUAGCGUUCCCUGGAACGGGUAUUGGAGGGGCAGUGGUACCAUUUGGACUGAUUAAGACAUUGAAACGAUGCCUGACAAGGGAGCAGAGUCUACGGCCGACGGUGGAAGAACUGCUCAGUGAUGGUGACCCGUUCCUCAAUCCCGUGGCCAUCAGUCCAGAUAUGCUUGGUCGUGUGAUUGGAAAUGUGGUGGGCUAUUGUCGACGAAGGGAGGAGUCGAUGCGAGCAAGGGGCGAGAUCAAUGCUCCCGAAGGAGUCAGCUGUCUGCCCAAGGAUGAGGAAAUGAAGGGCUGGCCAUUGGCAUUUUAUGAGAAAUUGAGACAGGCACAAGAAGAGGGAACAGCCUGGUGA